AUGGGAACCAAACUCAUCAAGAUUCCUCUGCAAACCAUAUGUAGAUGGAGGAGGGCUCAAUGCAUUGCCAGAAGAGCAUCCCACACCCUUGUCGAGUCUGCAAAUCUUGCUCAGCCUCCAGAUUUGACAAAUCAAACCAGCAAUGGUGCUUCCAUCUACAGAGUUCCAGAUCAUUUAAGAUCAGUCGAGCCCAAGGCUUAUGAACCCAAUAUUGUCUCAGUCGGUCCUUACCAUCAUGGAGCACCUCAUUUACAAGCCAUGGAGAAAACAAAAGGGAGCUACUUUCGUGGCCUCUUUAAUCCAAGAAAGCCCGAUCAUCCUAAUCCGAAUGCAGUACGCGAGGAACUGAAGCAAAUGGAACAGCAGGCUCGUAGUUUCUACUCUGAAGAUUUGAAGAUGAACAGCGACCAGUUCAUACACAUGAUGCUCGUCGAUAGCUGCUUCAUUAUACAGCUUCUUAGAGAGACUAGGGAGAUCGAUUUCAGUAAGAAGUCAAUGCAGAUACAGAGGUGGAUGUUACCCGUUCUCCAGCGUGAUCUCAUCAUGCUUGAAAACCAGCUACCUAUGUUCGUUUUAAACAAAGUAUACGACUUAACAACAAGCAGCUCUAGUACUUGCGAAGCCACAGAAAAGUUAGGUUUGAAAGAGCUUGCGCUUCAAUACUUCGAACCAAUGAUGUACAAAGAUUUAGAUACUCCCAAGAACGGUGCUUUGGGGGUAGAAGGAGAUGGAGGAAGCCACUUUUUAGAACUCUUUCGGGCCAGCAUCUGCCCGACUGAAGUUUCUCAAAAUAAGUUUCUGGUUAAGGAGCCGCACAUGUUUCGUUCAGUAUCAGAUUUGAAAGAGUCUGGUGUCAAAGUCAAGAAGGCGGAAAACUGUCAACCGUUAGAUGUAAGGUUUAAAAAGGGGGUUCUAAAGAUUGCUCCAGUGAGCAUGGAUGACUACAGGUUCACAUUGUUUAGAAACAUGGUGGCCUUUGAGCAAUGCCACUUUGGCUGCAAACCACAUGUAACUGCUUAUGUGUUCUUUCUUGAUAGAUUAAUAAACUCUGGUGAGGACAUAGGAUUGCUUCAUUAUUCCGGUGUUUUGCAGCAUACUCUAGGUGGGAACAAACACGCAGCAAGACUGGUGAACAAGCUCUGUAAAGAAGUAGCUGGGGCUGCCGAUGACUCAUAUUUACGCGAUGUUCUUUGGGAGAUCAAUUGCUACUGCAAUGAUGGGUGGCAUCAAAAGAGAGCAAAACUGAAGCAUGAAUAUUUUUACAAUGUUUGGGUAUCAGUAGCAACUAUAGCUGCAAUUCUAGUCCUUUACCUUACCAUACUUCAAACAGUUUGGGAGCUCGGAGAUGAUGGUAACCGAGCUCACAUGCUCCGAACUGGUUUCUGGCGUUCCAUGGCAGAUGCUUUUGCUAUACCAUUCGGAGUUUCAAAGCCAUCUGAGAAUGCACCGGUGCCUGUCGAAAAUGAAGCUCAGAUCUUGGAAUGGUUCUUCGGUUAUAAAGCAUGUGAUGACCCGAAUUUCUUCUUCAUGAGCUGUUAG